CCAGUAUAAAGCUGCAGGUUGGCUGCACAAUGGGCUGUUGGAAAGUUCUCCUGCUCCCCAGGAUCUUCCUCUCACUGUGCAGUAUUUCCUUUCUGUAUUUAGUGCAUCAGGGAGACCAUGGGACCAUCCAGCAUCUGCCUUGUGGCUCUGCUUUCCCUACUGAUCCCGGCUCACUCGGCCCCUGAUCCCACCCUGGACACUCACUGGCAGCUGUGGGUUAAAACUCACCAGAAGAGCUAUAAGGAUACGGAGGAGGAACGCACAAGACGGACCAUCUGGGAGGAGACACUGAAAUUUAUCACAGUCCAUAACUUGGAAUAUUCCUUGGGGCUCCACACUUAUGAGGUUGGGAUGAACCAUCUGGGAGAUAUGACAGGUGAGGAGGUGGCUGCAACAAUGACCGGUUACACCGGCUCAGGGGGUUCAUUGGCCAACAUGACUGAGGUACCAAAAGAGAUACAAGAAGCUCAGCCUCCGGCAUCAAUAGACUGGAGAACCCAAGCCUGUGUCACCCCUGUGAGAGAUCAGGGACCAUGUGGCUGUUGCUACGCUUUUAGUGCCGUGGGGGCAAUGGAAUGCCAAGCGAAAAGGAAAAGGGGCAUGCUUUUCACCUUGAGCCCACAGGAAUUGGUGGACUGUUCGGACACUGAAGGAAACAAUGGCUGCAAAGGAGGACGUUUAAUGUCUGCCUUUACAUACAUGAUGAAACAUGGUGUCAUGGAAGAAAACGCUUACCGAUAUACAGGACAGGAAGCAGACUGCCGCAGGCAAGUUCACACUGGAUUAAAAGUAACUGCUAUUCACAAUGUAGCUGCUGGCGAUGAGAAUGUUCUUAUGCAUGCUGUGGGCACAGUAGGACCCGUGUCUGUUAACAUAGAUUCCAAUCGAAAAGGGUUCCGACUGUACAAGUCAGGUGUUUAUUACGAUCCUUAUUGCACCACCAACUUAGACCAUUCUGUGCUUGUGGUUGGAUACGGUACAGAUAAUGGCAAUGACUAUUGGCUGGUUAAGAACAGCUGGGGAGCAGGCUAUGGAGACAAAGGAUACAUUAAAAUGGCUCGAAAUCGCAACAACCAUUGUGGCAUUGCCCAGGAAGCCGUGUUUCCAACUAUAUAAACCCUGGCAGACUAGAUGGGCCAUUGGGAUUUUAUCUACAAAUAAUUUCUCAAUUAUUAUUUGUUUUGUUUAUGUAAUGUUCAUUUCUGUUUUAAUCUCUAAAUUUACAAAUCAUUUUCUUUUGCUUAAAUAUAGUAUUGUACAAGGGCACAGCUAACUGUUCUCUCUGGGCAUUCUCUUCUGGUUACAUGGAUAGAUAAUCUAUGUGUUAUCAUUACAAACCCUAUCAUCCCCUUUGGCAUCUUCUGUAAUAGCUGUAUAUGUCUGUGCCCAAAUGGUUGCAAACCCAUAUAUUCAUGUGUAUAAAAAAAGUGUAAGAAUCCAAUA